AUGGCAAAGAAACAUGGAAACGUUUUCACUCUUUGGGGAGGAACUCAGCCUGUUAUAGUUCUGUCUGGACUUGAAAGUAUAAAAGAAGCACUAAUAAAGCAUUCAGAAAUAUUUGCUGGGAGACCACUGACCCCUUUCUUUGAAGAUGUAACGAAAGGAAAGGGUAUCUUGUUCUCAAAUGGUCACACCUGGAAGCAGCAAAGGAAGUUUGGAAUAGUGACCAUGAGGAGGCUGGGACUGGGAAAGAAAGGUGUGCAGAGCCAACUAGAAAAUGAAGCCCUUCAGCUUGUUGAGAUUUUUGCACAUGCAAAAGGGCAGCCAAUUGACCCUUCAUUAUCCAUCAUUAAUUCGGUCUGCAAUGUGGUAUGUGCUCUGGUUUUUGGACAUCGGUAUACUGUUGAUGAUGAAGAAUUCCUCAACCUAAUUAAAGCCAUUGAUUAUAUUAUAAGAUUUGGAGGUUCCUUCUUUAACCUUAUGUAUGAAGGGUUCCCAUGGCUCAUGAAACACAUCCCAUGGCCAUACAAGCAGGCAUUUGCCUCUGUAGAUGUCAUGCGGUCACUUGCAAGGAAAGAGACAGAAAGACACAGGGCAGAACAAACAAUGCAUGAACCGCAAGACUUCAUCGAUUACUAUCUACUUCAGAUGGAGAAAAGCAAGAAGGACCCUACUUCAACAUACAAUGAGGAAAACCUGUUCCAGUGUAUUUCUGACCUCUUUAUCGCCGGUACUGACACAACAUCCAAAACUCUGCAAUGGGCUCUGCUUCUUAUGGUGACUCAUCCAGAUAUCCAAGAGAAAGUCCAAAAGGAGCUAGACGAUGCCUCGCAAGCAAUUGGCUAUCAAGAUCGGAAGAAAAUACCUUAUACCUUUGCUCUGAUUCAUGAGGUCAUGCGUUACAAAUGUAUCCUAUUAGUUGGGAACUUUAGACUGUCUCUGCAGGAUGUGACCAUUCUUGGUUCUUUCAUUCCUAAGGGUUCCAUUAUUGUUUUAGAUAUACACUCAGUUUUUUCUGAUCCUAAGAUUUGGGAGACCCCUGAAAAGUUCAACCCAAGUCAUUUUUUGGACAAGGAUGGAAAAUUUGUGGAUAGAGAAGAACUGGUGCUCUUUGGUGCAGGAUCCCGUGUAUGUAUAGGGAAGGAGUUGGCGAAAAUGGAACUGAUCACCCUCUUCUCCAAUCUGUUGAGAGCAUUCACCUUCAAGCUGCCAGAAGGAGUGAAAGAAGUCAGCACGAAGCCUGUAUUAGGCUUUAUACUGCCUCCUCACCGUUAUAAGCUCUGUGCUAUUCCCCGCAACAGUGAAACAUGA